AUGGUCAAACUGGCCAAACAUUGGGAGAUGGCUCCCUAUGAUGAUAACUGGUUCUACACCCGGGCUGCCUCCACCACCGGCCACUUUUACCUCCCAGGCAGUGAAGGGGUGCGAUCCAUGACCAACAUCAAUGGAGGGCACCAGCAAAACAGAGUCAUGACCAGUCACUUCAGCAGAGGCACCAAGAGUGAGACCCAAAGGAUCCUACAGGCCCUGGAAGGCCUUGUUGAAAAAGUCAGGGCCUUGGAAGGCCUCAAGAUGGUGGAGAAGGACCAGGAUUGGGGUCAGAAGCUUACACAUCAGGGAAUGAAAAACCUGGACAGAAUUGCCAGACAGGUGGCUGCUGCCAAGAAGAAGCAUUAG